AGGCGGAUAAAAGGAGGAAGGGGACAGGCGGUAAGGCGAGACCGAGGAAUCUACCAGCAUCGUCAGGAGGGAGCACGGAGCAAAUUAGAAGCAACAGGAAACAAAAGGGAUCGCCUUUCUUGAGUUAGAUCAAGUCUAAACACCAAACUGAGACCAAUCGUGAAUUUUUGGCAUUGCCGCAAUGGAAAAAACGCGCGUCGAUAGCGUUCCCGCGAGAUGUCCAUCAUCUCCAACCAAUCAAAGGGCCAUGAAGAAACUCAAAGUAGCAGACCUAUAUUUCUUCAUUGAGCUCAGAAAAACCAUCGGAGAGGAAUCGAGCAAGAAAUGGUUAACCGAUCAAAUGCGGCCUGACGUCACGAAAGUGACCCACACACCCUCGAGGACGACGUCAUCCUCGUCAACCGCAACCCAGGAGUACUCCAGCGUCAGAGGAAGCUCUGACUGCAGAAGUGUCACGCUUACCCUACCAGAGCCAAGUGCAGCUUAUACCACAAAAGACAUGCUCAUCGCUGGCCUAGUACAGAGAGUGUUCAAUCUUGGGAAGUAUGUGCAGGCGAUCCUUAGCAGAUUCGUUCUUCGGUUUUCAAAAAUAUGCAGGUUGACGUUUGAAAGAAACAAAGACACCAGCGACUUUGAGGAUCGCAAGAAACAAUACAGGAAGAGGCGAAGCAUUUCUCGUGACUUCUUGUUGUACACCGAUGCUGCCCACCUACUGUUCGAUAGCUGAGUGCACAGUAGGUGAUUUGUAAA